AUGAUAUCACGUCCUCCAACAGCUCAGCGGCGUGAUAGUGCAACUGUCCAUCCCUUUCCAAAUCCAUCGAUGGUUUCAAUCGUCCUUGGUGCACAAUGGGGUGAUGAAGGCAAAGGCAAACUUGUUGAUUUAUUAGCAUCGGAAGCUGAUAUAGUUUGUCGAUGCCAAGGAGGUAACAAUGCUGGCCAUACUGUUUUAACCAAUGGCAUUGAAUAUGAUUUUCAUAUGUUACCAUCCGGUUUUCACCUAGAUAAUUGUGUUAACAUCAUUGGAAAUGGUUGUGUAGUAAAUCUACCAGAAUUAGUAGAAGAAAUACAAAAAAAUGAAUCUCGUGGUGUAAAAGAUUGGUCUAAACGUCUAUUGAUUUCUGAUCGAGCACAUUUAGUUUUCGAUUUUCAUAAACAAACCGAUGGAUUAAUUGAGCUAGGACGUGGUAAGAGUAGUCUUGGUACAACUAAAAAAGGUAUCGGACCAACAUAUUCAUCUAAAGCCACACGAAACGGCAUUCGUAUGAUUGAUCUCGUGGGUGAUUUUUCAAUUUUUGCUGAAAAGCUGCGAAGUCUUUAUAGCUAUUAUAAAUUGACAUUUCCUGAUUUGGAAGGCGAUAUCGAAAAAACAAUCGAACAAUUUAAAGAAUUUGCUGAAUAUUUCCGCCAGAUGACAAUCGAUACCAUCUCCUAUUUGAAUGAUGCUAUUGUUAAUGGUUCGAAAAAAAUUCUUGUUGAAGGUGCUAAUGCUACAAUGCUUGAUAUUGAUUUUGGUAGUAGCUGUGUACAUCGAUACAGUGAUACUAGUGAAUUUGCUGCAGCUCUAAAAAUGUCAUCAACUCCUGAACAGAUUUUUCUUCGUGAACAAACAAUUUUCAAUCAGUAUGAAGUGGUUGUUAGCCAGAUUGAGAUACGAGAUACCUACUCUGUUGCAAUUAGGCAUAAGAGUUCAUGA